AUGCAGAGCAAGAGCAAGGAGAAGGAGUAGCCAUUUCGAAGCACUGUGCAUGGUGGAGCGACUUUCGAGAGGGACAAAAAUUUGUUUGGAGAGACCAAGAUGCCAGGUGCAAGUUAGAGGAAGUCUCCGGAACUGAAGUUGGCCAAGCAUGAGUCAGCUUUUCGGCCAGUAAAUGGGUUGAAGAAGGGGUUCGAUGGGUUGUUUGCUCAUUUUGAGUACAAGGCUGACCCGAUGAGGGAGAUAAAGAGGCAUUACAGUUCGAAGAAGGAGCGAGAGAGUUUUAAACCUGCAGAUUUGGGGAAUAAGACGAGACCCAAUCCAACUAUUUCUUGUUUCAAGAUGAACAUAAGAAGGGAGAUGGCUGCGCAUUACUGA